GUUGAAAUCAUUGGUACCGCAUCUAAAAGUGAAUCAUUGUUAUUUGAACUGAUUUAAGAAAUAUAGGAAGACUUUUAAAGUGAAAACGUAACUGAGAAAACUUUAUAUCAACAGACAAUCCAUUAUAAAAAGUAGUGCGUUAUCUCUCCGCCAUUUGUCGAUUCGGAAUCAGUGUGUUACUCGGAUCGUUCAGUUCAUCAGCUUGGAUAUAUUUUGAAUAUUUACCCGUGUUUAAGUUACCAAGUGUUGUGAUUACUGUUCUAUACUGAAGUUUGUGACUUUAUUCAACAUUUUCAAUGAGAUUUAAUGCGUUGUAUUUUAGUGUGUUUGAAAAAUACCUAGUUAAUCUUGUGACAUUUUUCUGACCAGGUUGCAGAUAGCGAAAAAAAUAAGCUCGGUAUAUACGGAAGUACUGCAUUCUGUGGAUUUAAAAUUGUUAGAUGUAGAGGCAGGCACUGGUUAGAAAGAUGAGUUUUGGUAGCGACGAAGUCAAUUUCCUAGUGUACAGAUAUCUCCAGGAAUCUGGAUUUGUACACUCGGCAUACACAUUUGGUAUCGAGUCUCACAUUAGCCAAUCAAACAUUAAUGGAGCUCUUGUUCCUCCAGCAGCUCUUCUGAGUAUCAUACAGAAAGGAUUACAGUACACAGAGGCUGAAAUAAGCAUUGGAGAGGAUGGUUCAGAGAAGCCAAUUGAGUCAUUGUCCCUGAUUGAUGCUGUUUUACCAGAUGUAGUGGAGAGUCGGAAACAAGCCCAGAAUAAGACGGCACAAGUGAAGACAGAAGCGGCAAAUACAAAUGGCGAGGAAAGUUCGAACACUGUUGCCAAUCACACGGGAGAAAGUAUGGAGGUGGAUGGAGGUGUAGAAAUACCCAGUAGUAAAGCAACAGUGCUGCGUGGUCAUGAGUCUGAAGUGUUCAUCUGUGCAUGGAACCCUGUCAACGAUCUCUUAGCAUCUGGGUCUGGGGACUCGACUGCUAGAAUAUGGAAUAUGAACGAUAAUAGUGGAAAUGCAAAUCAACUAGUUUUACGUCACUGUAUACAGAAAGGUGGGGCUGAGGUGCCUAGCAACAAAGAUGUUACUUCUUUAGACUGGAAUUUUGAUGGUACAUUUUUAGCGACUGGAUCCUAUGACGGUUAUGCCAGGUUAUGGAGUACAGAUGGUCGGUUGCUGAAUACAUUAGGUCAACAUAAAGGUCCUAUAUUUGCAUUAAAGUGGAAUAAACAGGGCAAUUAUAUUUUAAGUGCUGGAGUAGAUAAAACAACAAUUAUAUGGGAUGCUAGCUCAGGGCGAUGUACUCAACAGUUUUCCUUUCAUUCUGCGCCUGCCCUCGAUGUAGACUGGCAGACGAAUAACAGUUUUGCCUCGUGUUCUACAGAUCAGUGUAUUCAAGUAAAUAAACUAGGCUGUGAUCGGCCCAUUAAGACAUUCCAGGGACAUACUAAUGAAGUUAACGCAAUCAAGUGGGAUCCUCAGGGUAACUUGCUGGCAUCGUGUUCAGAUGAUAUGACAUUGAAGAUAUGGAGUAUGAAACAAGAUACAUGUGUGCAUGAUUUACAAGCACAUAACAAAGAGAUCUACACUAUAAAAUGGAGUCCAACUGGGCCCGGCACAGACAAUCCAAAUGCUCCUUUGAUACUAGCUAGCGCAUCAUUUGACUCUACAGUGAGAUUAUGGGAGGUAGAGAGGGGUACCUGUAUACACACGCUCACAAAACACCAGGAACCCGUAUAUAGCGUAGCUUUCAGUCCCGACGGCAAAUAUCUUGCUAGCGGAUCUUUUGAUAAAUGUGUUCAUAUUUGGAAUGUUAGUACGGGAGCCUUAGUACACAGUUACAGAGGAACUGGUGGGAUAUUUGAAGUAUGUUGGAAUCACCGGGGGGACAAGGUGGGAGCUAGUGCAUCUGAUGGUUCUGUAUUUGUGCUAGACUUACGGAAGUGAUACCUUCUUCCAUAUAUUGAGGUAUCGAGCUUAAAUAAUUGGUGCACAAAAUGAGUGUUACAAGUAAAACUCAAAUUAAAAAAUGCAGAAAAACUGGUAGAAAUGGUGAAGGGGAUUUCUAGUGUACCAAAACUUUUACUUUAGAUGUGCUUCAUUGCGGUCUACUGCCAUGGGCACAGAUUUCACUGUGCCGGACGUGUUAAAUACGGCAUCACGGUGACAUCUACCCUGGUUUUUCGAAAUUCCGCAUGCACUGUGCUACACUUCACACUAAAGGCACAAACAUGUAAAAUAUUCAAGUGAGGGAAAAACAACAUCGCUGGACAUUUCGGCUUCGACUAAAGUUUGAUAGAAGAUCAGUUGUAUUUCUGCUGAAUUACAGUGUGGAGUGGUGGAUCAAUCAGCUAUUAAAUGUUGCUAAAAUUAUAGAUGUGUUAUGGAUUUAGGAUUUGAUGUUCUUAUGGAUUUAGCAUUUGUAAUAAUAACUUCACAAUGGGUGAAUUCAUGUGGAAUAGAUGACCGAAAUAUUCUCACAAUUAUGAUUACUAUCGCGCCGGUAUCUAGGAUGCUAUAUUUAGAAUCAUGAUAUCCAUUGAAUAGUCAAGAGUGCAGAAAAUGGUAGUCUAUAGUUAUUAGAGGGCGUUGUCACAGUGUUAUAUUUACAAACAUGAAGCUUUAGUAAACCAAAUUAAAAAUUGUGAAUAAUGUUUGCUGAUAUUUGAAAUACCUUAAAUGAAAAAAAUUUCUCAUUUUCUACGUUGAAAUUACCAUUUCUUUGUAUAUGAGAUAUAUAUAAAUUAGACUUUUAAAACAUUAUUACAAAUAUAAAAAACUAUGGUAUUAAAGAAUCUUUUUUUAAUAAUAAAUGCUGACUAUUUUUUCUCUCUGGAAGAAGUGUAAACUAAAGAUUUUUUUAAAUUAAUAAAUCCCAACUUUUUUUCCCCCGAAGAAUAAGAAUUUGACCUCCAUUGUUUAGUUGUCAGUUGGAUAAAAAAAAGGUACUAAGUACUUUUUUUUGUAUAUUGAAAAUUGUUCAUUUUUUAUUACCUGUAGAUAUAUGAAAAUAAGUCACUGAAUACGUCAUUUUAUUCAUAUGUUUAGCACUGAAACAUGGCUAUCUGUAAUGGUGAUAACACGUUUUAGCUCUAAACAAAACUUACAUGAGAUGAGAUCUCAAAUUGUUGUAAAACUGAGUCAUGUAUGAUUUUGGCGAGUGUGAGAAUUAAUGUGUUGUAUGAUACAAGAAUUGCACUAGCUAAAUGAUAAAAAUAAGUGAAUUCUGAUCUUUAUUUAGAAAAAUUACCCCCAAAAACUUACAAAUCUUUAUUUAGAAGAAUUACCCCCAAAACUAGCCACAAUUAUGACUUGUGCCAGCACUGCCGUGUAGUCUAGUCUAGGCAAUUUAAUUUUGGUAUUAAAGCCCCUAUAGAUUAACAAUUGACUUUUCCAAAUUGAAAUCAGGACUAGUCCAUUACACAAUUAUAGCUAGGUUAAAGUUUGUACUUCCC